GAAGGUUUGACUUCAAGUUUGCCAUGCAACAUGUUCCUAUCUGUCGGUAAACGUCAGGUCUAUUCUUCGGUAUUUUUAAAUAUGCACUAAAUUAGAAGAGGAUGAGCGCCAGUACGAUAGUGAUUAAGAAUCCACCACCGAGUGCUACUGGGUCUGUGAGAAAGAGCACAUUGAACAACGCCACUUACUCUAUCGUUGUACCAACUUUGUGGUUAGUUUCCGCUGUAUUUGCUGCCGCAAGAGCCGAUACGAGUCCAAAUGGAACAGGGGUCCUUGUAUCUCUGACAAUUCAGGAUGUUAUAAUGUUAACGAUAUCCUGUUGGCUACUGCACAAAUCCCUCUGUACCCGGAAUUUUCUUCUUGCAGUACCAUGGGUGGGAAUGAUGGCUUAUAGCAUUUAUUUCACCCACUACAAAGGACUAUUGAAAAUGAUUUCUACCUUCAGAUAUGCUAGAGUAAACUCAACACUGCCUUGGAUGACUGUUGGUCUUAGCAUCGUGGCCCUAGUUAUACGUACUUUUCUGACAAUGAGAGUACUGCAGUUGUCAACUUACCUCUGGUACAGGAAAAGAUUAGAGAAGGAGUUGUACUAUCAGCUGAUGGAAUGAUAGACUAGUCAUUGAAGAAAUUGUACUUGUUUGAAUUUGUAGCGUGGGUGAGAUUUACAUUGUAUCGAAAUUGAUGUUAAGGUGAUAUUAAAAUUUUUGUCUUUAUGGA